AUGUCCGAGCCUGGCCCCGAGUCCCUUCCUACUAGCGCCGAUCCCCGCAGCAAAAGGCCUACCAAACGUCGCGCCGUUACACCGCACUCCGAACUCGCAACAGAAAUUACAACACUCUUCAAAGACCCAUCAAAGGAGAUCCGGCUCCCGGACACCAACCAACGCUCAGGAUCCUUGCUGUCUGCGCCACCAGAGAUUGUCACCAAUGUCCAGGGCUCCUCGGCCGGAGCUGGCUCCGGCGAGUUCCACGUCUACAAAGCUAGUCGGCGGCGGGAGUAUGAGCGGGUACGACAGAUGGAAGCGGAGGUGAGCAAGGAGAAGAACGAUGCAGAAUGGGAGAAGGAGCGAGAGGAAGCAAAGAAGAAGGAUGAACAAAAGACGGAUAAGAAUCGGCGGAGGAGAGAAAAGAAGAAGGCCGCGAGGGGGAAGCAGAAGAAUACUGCAGGCGGCACGGAGGUUGAUGGCCCUGCGCCGGGUAUGGCGAAGGGACCGAGGGCUCCUGGUGUGCCACUGGCAACUGGCGGCGAAACUACGGAUUCUGAGCCGCAGCAUGUCGAGGAGGUCCCUGGUGUGAUUAUCCACGAGGAGGACUAA